AUUAUAUUUUCCUCAUACGUCACCCAGUAAUCCAGUAUAUUAAUCACAGCCGUUCCCUUGCCGUCCAAUCUUAUCUCACCUCACUCUCUCUCUCUCUCUCUAUCCCCUAUCAUUCCGAUCACCGUCGAUACUUUUUCCGGCAUGGCCGCCGCAUCGGAAAACGGCACCAGUGACAUUUCUACCGAAUCCGUGGUAGUAGAUGAUGACGUCAAGUUCGGUUUCCAGCGGCCGGAGAUGUACACCGAGACUCUCACCGGAUCCGUUAAUCCGUACGGUCGUCACGUUUUCUUGUGCUACAAGUCUCACGAAGAGUGGCCUGCUCGUGUUGAAUCGUCCGAUUCCGAUCCGCUUCCGAAGCGUCUCGCUGGAGCUAUCAAGGAUCGGAAGAACGAUAUCGCUGUUAAGACGAUGUUGACGAUAUGCGAGAGCGGUGAUGGUACUGGUUUAUCUGAUGGAGAUGUUUUGAUUUUUCCUGAUCUGAUUAAGUACAGGGGUUUGGAAGAGUCAAACAUCGAUAGUUUUGUGGAGGAUGUGCUUGUGAACGGCAAUCCAUGGUCUGCAGGAACAGGGGAACCAGUGACAGGUUCAUAUGUAUUUGUCUGUGCUCAUAACAGUCGAGAUAAAAGGUGUGGUGUUUGUGGACCGGUUUUAAUUGAGAAGUUCAACGAGGAGAUUGGAGUGAGGGGAUUGAAGGAUGAGGUGUUCGUGGGUGCUUGCUCACACGUUGGGGGCCACAAGUAUGCAGGGAACUUGAUUAUAUAUAGCAAGGUUCAGGAGGAGAAAGUUUCUGGACACUGGUAUGGUUAUGUUACUCCAAAUGAUGUGGCUGAUUUGCUUGACCAGCAUAUUAAGAAGGGCGAGAUCAUCGAAAGGAUUUGGAGGGGUGAAAUGGGUGUUCCUCCUGUUGAGAAAACCGAGAAGGUAGCUGAACAGACACUCCCGAAUGGAAAUGAUCUGAAGGAAAACGCGAAAGACGAGAAGGAAAACACUGGAGGCUGUUGUCAAGGUGCCAAUGGAUUCUCAUGCUGCAGAGUUGAUAAUUCAGAAGCGAAAAAGGAUGGGAAAAAGUCAACCUACAAGUUUGACUUCUUCACUAGAAAGUGGGAGCAACACGAGAUCUACACAGCUGCUGCUGUAGUUGGAGCUGUGGCAACUGUAGCUGUGGCAUAUAGCCUUUAUAAAAGGACACGGUGAGUUUUGCUCUCGUGGUCACUUGUGUCUGUUUUACGGUAUUAUUACAAACUUAAAACGAAAUGUUUCACGUGGCACGGAUAUUGUUAAGUAUCGUUAUCACUAUACACGAACCUACUUAGAUUUUGUAGGUAUACCGCCCUGUUUGUAAGGGUACAAGUUAGCAUGACUAUGGUAUCUUGAUGAUCUGAUUUGUUGGUUUUAUUUUGAACCUCCUGGUACCAUGUUACAAGUGAGUUGAAUAAAUGGUACUUGAGAUCAAAGGGGGUUUGGUUUACAAGAUGUUGAUGCAUGUUAUAAUAUCACAUGAACUUAUAAUUUCUAUGAUAGUGUAUGAUAGUGUUGAUGAGUUUUUAAACA